AUGAAAAUAUUCAACUUAAUAUCCGCACUAAAUUAUGAAACAGACAACAAAACAAUGACCAUCUACUUGUAUGGAAAUUAUAUAUUUGAUACUUCUAACAAAGAACUGUUUGAAAAAUUAAAUGAUAAAAUUAUUCUUUUAGAUAAGUUAGAUGUGAAGCCUAUGAUAUUAUGUAAUCAUAAAGUUCGUUCUGGAUGGAUUAUUGAUGAUUUAAUAGAUAGAAUUGUAAUAUUAGCAACUUCCGAUAGCAUGGAUGAAUUAGAAAAACAGCUUUAUAACAACAGGUUUUUAUCUAAAUAUGUUGUAAUAAAUACACAUGAAGUUACUCAACCAAUGAAAGAAUUAGUUAAGAAGUAUGAUUAUGUUUUAAUAGAGAAUAAUCAUAUUUUAAAUAAGAAAACUAUUAAAAAGUUUAAUAUGCCUAUUGAAGAACAUCUCUCUAUUGCUUUAAAUAUUGAAAUUAAUGAAUCUGAUUGUAUUGAUUUGAUUAAUAAUGCUAAAUCAUUAGGUUAUAAUUUUACUUCUUUAACUGAAAAAGAAAAGUUAACAAAACAUGUGUCAUUUAAUAAUGUUGAUUUAAAAGAAGAUAAUAAUGUUGAUUUAAAAGAAGACAACAAUGUUGAUUUAAAAGAAGAUAAUAAUGUUGAUUUAAAAGAAGAUAAUUACAAUGUUGAUGAUUCAAAUGAAGAAGAUAGUUUUAUUAAAGAAAAUAGUUGUAAAUCAAUAUUCUUUAAUCUAUUUUAUUUACUUUUAUUGUAA